AUGGGAGGAUGCAGGGCGUCUGACGAGUUCCGCGAGGAGCAUGCUAAUUUCUGGACCCUCAUGCAGCAAAUUAUCCAUGGCCUUAGAAACAACUAUCCAACAAACCAAGACGAAGUCAUUGGCCGGAUGGGCCAACUCAAUCUCCAACUCUCGACCCUUCGACGAGCCGGGGAGAUGAUGGGGUUGAGUUAUCCACCUAGCGACAUCGUCCUCGAUGCUCCACCUCAGUACUUCACUGCCCGCGCUCAGCGCCAUCCAAAUUACUUCGGUACCAACUUUGGGUACUCCUGCUGGUAUACCCAAGCCCAGCUGGGCUACGCCAUUGCAGACCUUCUCCACCAGCGAGACCACACCCGUGUAGCCGACCAGUUGGAGCAAUUGCUAGCGAGUUGGCAAUUGACCGAGAUGAGAGCUUUCCCUCGCCAGCUCUCUACUCGCAAUCCUGUCGAGCACCCGGCCAAUAUCGUGCAUAUUGAUGGCCCACCAUACUAUACACCAGGCGCUGGGUGCAGCAAGACAGAGACUGGGCCAGUCCGUGUCCAUAUUACUAUGCCUGCUCCAACCGAUACUAUUUACGGCGUGGCACGGCAGACUCGCCAUCGCCCUGCACAACGAGGUGCUCGCCCGAGACGUCGUGGGAAGGCUAGGCUAACCCCGCCGAUGCCUAAGAUGGACGUUCAACUCCCGAAUAUCAUGCAUAACGGCGAUACUCACCAUGUUCCACUACCGACUCUUCCUGCUGUUCGUUCCUUUUUCACUCCAUACAGCCUCCCCGGACAUGCUCUGCCCGGUAUAUCGAAUAUGUCUGUGCCACCCCAACGUGGUAUGCAGUUGCCGUCUAAUGUGCCAGCCCCUGAUACUGGUGAUUCAUUAUCUGUUUUGAAUGCCCAUGCCGGGGAGACUUUGAAUAAACACCUGUUCUGUCGGGAUGGGGUUCGCCGUUGA